AAGCCAGCAGCGUUCAGUUGUAGAAAUGGCAGCCCUGAGACAGGAGCGUCGCUACGGUCUCUCCUGCGGCAAAAUCAACAAAAACAUCCCCAGCAGAACUCUUUACCACGUCAAACUCACUGACACGGCAAUCCGGACUCUCGAAGCUUUCCAGAACCUUAAGGCAUCACUAUCCAAUCAGCCAUCUAUUUGCUUCAAGGGGAGCCAGGGGUAUAUUAAGAUCCCUACCCUGACUUCGGAAUCUCCAGAUGGAUUCAGAGUCUUCUCCUUUUACCUAUCCAGCGACAGCAAAGACAAGCCUCAAUCCAGCUUUGACUGCAUCCAUCAGUAUGUUUCAGGAGAGGGCAGGGAUCAGCUGGAGGGCCAAGGCAGCAUCCAGGACAAGAUCACAGUUUGUGCCACCGAUGACUCCUACCAGGCGACGCGGGAGCGCAUGUCCCAGGUGGAGAAGGAUAUCUGGAGCCGGUCGGCCAUUGAGAUAAAACCAGGGCCAAGUAAGUGCGUGAAGGUCCAAAGGAAGCAGGGUUUGGUUUCAGGCUCGGAUAGCAGCAGCAGCAGCAGCAGCAACAAGCACUCUCCCAGCAAUAAGAGGUGCCUCGUUUCCAGCCCCGUGGCACACAGGACCUUGAAGGACCGCAUCAUCCAUCUCCUCGCCCUAAAACCUUAUAGGAAACCUGAGCUGCUACUGUGGUUGGAGAGGGAACGCGCUAGUCCAAAGGACAAGGCUGACCUGACCUCAGUGCUGGAUGAGAUUGGCAAGCAGAACCCUAAAGAUCACAGCUAUUCUCUGAAGGAUGAGCUCUACAGACAUGUCCAGAGAGACUGGCCUGGUUAUCUAGAGGACGAGAAGCAGCUCAUACACAGGCUUCUGAGCAGGAAGCUUCAGCCACUCCAUACUAGUAGCCAGUUGAAAAGUCCCCAGGCCAACCAGUCAUUCCACAAAACUGCCGGGGAUUCUCCUUCCCAACUCAGCCCUGCCAAGAUGCCGUCUGCGAAACGUCCUUUGCCUUCAGAUUCUUCCAACUGCCAGACUCCCAAAAAACAAAGACUAAUCGACCACUGCUUGCCUCGGCAGUCUCCAUCUCAUGGAGACUACGGUACCAACGGGACCCACCAAAGUUCCUCCAGCCACACCAACGCUGGCGGAGUGCACAUCAAAACGGAACAAAUCAACAAUCAUCUCCAGGCACGUCCAAACGGUCUGCACUCACCGCUCAAACUCAACACAUCAUCUACAAGCACUACUACUACUAGUACUACUAGUAUUUCCAAAGUGGAGAGGACAGACCCAGCGUCCACUGCACUGAGCCCCAAGUCCCCCCGCAUGGACACAACGGUUUGCACUGACGAGCAACUGCACAACGGCCUACAUAAAAAGAAGAAAUCCAAAAAGCACAAGGAGAAGGAGCGAGAGCGUUUAAAACCGGAGUGGAUCGAGACCAGUCCAGACCUAAAGAACCAGGAAAAUCUCAAAGAGCAUGUAGGAGAGAAAACACCUGUGUGUCGAACCACAACAGAGGACCUGCCAGACUAUUUAUUAAAAUACAGCACAAUAACAGCACUGGAGCAGCGUGAGCAGUACAAGGAUGACUUCUGUUCCGAGUAUGACGAGUAUAGAGCUCUUCACGAUCGCAUCAGGGCCAUCACUGAGAUGUUUGUUCAGUUAGGCUCAAAGAUCAACACACUCUCGCCGGGAACACAGGAGUACAAGAUAAUGGAGGAACAAAUACUUCAAAAGUACCGGAAGUAUAAGAAAAGGUUUCCUGGCUACCGGGAAGAAAAGAAGCAUUGUGAAUACCUCCAUCAGAAACUGUCACAUAUCAAAGGUCUGAUCUCCACCUAUGACCGGGCGCAGGAGCUCUAGUAAAAACGACUGCUGCUAACAGGGUUGUAAACAAGAAUGGACCAAAAAGACUUGCAGUGGACCAAAAGACUGUCUUUCAGGGUCCUAGAAGUCGCUGAAACACAUUUGUGAGAUGAUGGAAUCAUAGGAGCGAGGUGGUCUUUCAAAAGGUGGGGCCCAGACCACUGACUUGUGAACAAAAGUUGCUUCUUUAACGUGAUGGUGGUUUUAGUGCUGUAAAGGCAAACAAAUUUUCCUGCUGUGAACUGGGCAGAUGUGCAAGUGAAAGCCAAAUCUUUUCUCUUUUCAUCGUUCCUGCCGAAAUGCGUUUUUUAUUUUAUUCUUUCUCAUUGCUUUUUCAAUGAAAAGUAUUAAAUCGAUGGUACAAUCAGUCUUAGGGGCAAACAUAUGCUACUCGUCUAUGUAUGUGUCAAGCAAAGGAAUCUAAUGUUUGCUCUUUGCUUAACAACAAUGCUUAACUUAAUCAGUCACUUUAUUCAUCAACAACUCACUUAAAGAAAACAGGAUCUCAAAAUUUUUUUUUACCAUACAUUUCACAAAGGCACCUAAAAAUGUUCCUUUCCCAUGAGGACAUCUCAAUCAGUGGCUCCCAAACCUUUCCACCAAAAUACCAUUUUUUUCUACUCCUGCUUACAGAUUAACAUAGACAUUAAAGCAAAGCAAAAGCCAUGAUUCAUUAAUUGGUAUUUGUACAUUUCAUUAUAUAUAGUUCUAAUAUAUUUGCUUUUUUCCCUCCGGUGGAAUAUUUUUUUUAGCACCUACUACCAAGAGAAAAGCAUCUUAGGUAAAAUAAUAAUAAUAAUAAUAAUAAUAAUAAUAAUAAUAAUAAUAAUAAAAGAGUAAAUAAGUGAAAUAAGCAAAUAAAAUAAAUGUAUAUGCUUUUUUGACUAAACCUUUGUACUGAUUUUACAUUCUCUCUCAUAAAAAAAAAAUACCAUGAAAGUUCUGUACUGUCUGUACUGUUUCUUUAAGGUGGUUAAAUAUCGUGAAAAAGUUAUUUGAUAUUGGGAGUUUGAUUCCAAUAAAGGCUCAGGAAGAUUUUGCGUUCCAUUUUCUGAUUAGAAUGUGAACCACUAAUUUAAUUGCUUAUUUAAUAUUGAACUCUAGUGUUUAUUUUUUUCACAUUUACUGAGAUAGUGAAUUUGUUUUAUUUAUUAGCUGCAAAAUUAUUGAAACAUCAACUACGUCAGUGUGUAACAAGUUUGUUUUUUUUAAUUGAACUACUGAAAAAAUGAAACUAUCUAAAAUAUUUAUAGAAAUGUAUUGAGAUAUGCCUGUCUAUAUCUCUCUAUAUAUGGAGAGAGAGCCACUGAUGUAGAUGACUCAGUUACUAGUUUAUCAUAGGAAACAUUACCAUAGCUAAUAGUCUUUUACGAAUGUUAAAAGUGCACUACAUCCCUCCUGUUAAACAAUUCGUUUUAACAGACCAAAGUAGUUCUUUUUCGGAAGGGUGCCCAGGGUGACUAGGGGGCUUUUGCACUCUUGACCACCUGGGAUGUGGUCCUAAAGAAACCGGACGGUGGAUGGCGCUGUCGCCCUGCCUUCAUUGACAGGAAGACAGCGGAAACAUAAAUCAGUUGGCAUGACACGUCAUAGGAACAUCACGUGACCACUCUGAUGAAGACUGCUAGCUUAGCAGUCGAACCUGUCAGGUAUGAAAAAGUACUACUUUGGUCUAUUAAAAGUCAUUAUUUAAGAGCAUAGAAAUGUUGGACCAAAUGUAUCUUUUUAGACUAUGACAUCCUUUUUGGUUUUGAGAGUCACCCACACGUAGCCUACCAAAAAUUGCCUUUUUUGGAAUGAUUUUACCGGUAAUGGCAAACACAUCAACUCCUGUUUCUCUUGUCUGCUGCUAGCAUGUUUGUUUACCAGCACAUCCAGUAUCAAACCGUUUCUCUUGGUCACAGAAAACGCAGUGUUCAUCUUGGCCGUUGCUAUUUUUAUAUUUGUGGGAAGUGUUAGAGUGCUUAUUGUGACGCCUUAUUACACAAAAUUGGAAAUGUGUAGUUUUUUUUUUCAUUUUAUUUUAGGUUUAGUAAGGCGCGGCCUGGUUAAAAUUCGUUUGGUUUAAUUCGAUGUAAGGAGGAUGGCCUCUAGGGGGUGCCAACGAGCUGUAGUGUUAUUGAUGCUCAGGUAGGGAUGUUUUUAAAAAUGUCAGCCUGAAGUUGGGAAGAGAUUUUAGGGCUUUGGAAGAGGCAAGCCUUAACGUGCAUGUCAGCCAUUUAUAAAAAGACAUUUACAUGAAUCCUGCCCGAGUAUUCUCAGACUUGUUGAUUUUCAUGUUUAAUUUAUUUACAGUACUGGAUUGUAGUCUUAUCUUUGCGGUUUAUGUCUUUCUGUAUCUUAAUGUUGUCUCUUGUUGUUUUGACUCAAUAUUUGAAACUUAUCGUCCAGUCCAGUCAUGACAAAUCAUUACUACAGCAGUGUACUUUUUUUUUUUUUUAA